AUGCGCACCCGGCGACAAGAUAAAAUCGAUGCCAGGGCCACCGAGACCGCCUCUGUGCCUUCAGAGUCGAACCCCUCGUCGCCCAAGGUCCUCUCCAUCAGCCAUGUCGAUGCGCCAGUCGUGAAAUCACUUACAAGCAAGAGUGGAGAGAAGAAGUCCAAGAUUCCCACAUUGAUCCAAUUCCCAUUGGUGAUUAUCCUCAGUCUGGCAGUGUCGUCUGUUGGGUAUUCGGUGACGUAUCCAUUCACAAAGGCAGCUAUUGCUGUACAUGCGCGAAGUCUCGACACCUGGGGCGAAUAUGCAGCUCUUAUGGGCUGGCGAACAUUUGAGCUUGCUUUGGGAUGGUUUGGCAACUACGACAGCUAUGAUCUCGCGGCCCUCAAUCUGCUGUCGCAUGGCCCACCGCUCUAUCUCCUCCAUGCCUUCUACAAGGUGCCGGCUUCUGCGUUGGUGCUGACCCUUGCCAUCGAGACGUUCGCCACCUAUCUUCCUUUCCGACUGUUGCGCAACCUCUCCAGGGCCCAUGGUGAUCCAGAGCAUGCGCCAAAUGCCGAACUUCUCACAGACAAGCCCAUCACCAUCUUGACCACUCUCUUGUCCGGCGCCAUUUACACCGUGACACUCUUCGCCGCCUACGCAACUUAUCUCCCCACCGCUCUGAUCGUUCAUUACGAUAGUCUUCCCUCUAUCCAAGCUGCACACGAAUCGACAUAUGUCAAUCUGCUCCCUGUCACUCUUGCGCUUGGAUUUGCCGCCACGAAUUUCAUCUUCACGCCAGCUGAAGCCGAGCCAGAAGCUCCACCUAGACAUUUUGAACCUGCCAAUGCGACCCUGCAGGAGACUGUUUCAUGGAAUAUUUGGGGCUGGAGCAACAGAACCAAGACCGUCAUUCGCCGCACAUUGACCUUGAUGUUGGUGACUGGUGUGAGCACUUCUAUGCAGACUACUCUCACCGUUGCAGGCGCCGAACCUCUGGGAGCCGUUGCGUGGGCCAGUCCCUGGGUUGUUGCAGCGGCUAUAACGGGUGCAAGCUUGGGUGCAGUCGGCAGUGAGUGA